CUCACUCACACUGUCUCUCUCUUUCUCUGUUCAUUGCUCGGCGAUUUUUUCCAGAGAGAGUUAAAGAAAAAUAAUAAUAAAAUAAGGGGGGAAAAAGAAAUCGGGAAAAGAUCGGCGAUCACCUGCGCGAUGGCGCGCGCGCUCCCGGAGAGGCGGUUCGUGGCGACCGCGGCGGCGGCGCUGGUCGCGGCGGCGCUCGUCGCCUCCGCCCUCGUCCUCCGGUCCGGCGCCGGCGACCGCGCAGCCCUGCUCUGCUCCAUCGUGGCGCCGCGCUGGCGCUCGCCCUCGGACGGCGUCUCGGCCUCCUACGCCGCGGCCUCCGCGGCCGCGGCGGCGGAGCUGUCGGCGGCGCUGGUCCACUACGCGACGAGCUCGGUCGUGCCGCAGCAGUCGCGGGCGGAGAUCGGCGUCUCCCUGGCCGUGCUCCGGCGGCGCGCGCCGUGCAACCUGCUGGUGUUCGGCGUGGGGCACGACUCGCUGCUCUGGUCGGCGCUGAACCCCGGCGGCGCCACGCUGUUCCUGGAGGAGGACCCGAAGUGGCUCCGCUCCGCGCUCGCCGCCGCGCCCUCCCUCCGCGCCCGCCUCGCCCGCUACCCGACCCGGCUCGACGACGCCGACGCCCUCCUCGCCUCCCUCCGAUCCGACCCCUCCCCCUGCGCCGAUCUCGACCCCCGCGGCCGCCGCUGCCCCCUCGCCCUCCCCGACCUCCCCGCCGAGGCCUACGCGCGCGAGUGGGACGCCAUCAUGAUCGACGCGCCGCGCGGCUACUUCGCCGCCGCGCCGGGCCGCAUGGGCGCGAUCUACACGGCGGCGGCGAUGGCCUGGGCCCGGAGCGGCGAAGGCGACACCGACGUCUUCCUCCACGACGUCGACCGCAGGGUCGAGAGGGCCUACGCGCUCGAGUUCCUCUGCGAAAAAUACCGCGUCGGCGGCGCCGGAAGGCUCUGGCACUUCCGCAUUCCCCCGGCCUCCCGCCGUCCCAACGCCACCACCGACGCUCCGCGGGGGUUCUGCGCGCAUUAAUUUUGAGUCCGUUUGAGCACUAGAUAUACAUAUAUAAAUAUAUCGACAUAUAUAAGCUAAUAGGCUAUUCCGUUAUUACUGCUUCAUUAAAAGUAUGGCUUAUUAUUCAUUUUUGGCAUAUUGAUAAUACAUAGAAAGAUUCGAUA